UCUUUUCAUACCGGUCCAUCGUGCGCCGUGCGUGUGGCGUCCGUGGUGGCGAGCACGUGUGCUUCCUUUGAUAUACAGGCACGGAGGGCGCACUAGAAAGUGGCCGAGGCCGAUGUCCAAAUCGUAGUGUAAGCGAGGCCGGAGAAAGGGGAGAAGGGAAGGCAGGAGCAAUGGAGGGGGAGCAGGAAACGAGACGGUCCAAAUUCAAAAGGAUAUGCGUCUUCUGUGGCAGCAGCCAGGGGAAGAAGAGAAGCUACCAGGAUGCUGCAGUGGAGCUCGGCAAGGAAUUGGUGUCGGGGAACAUCGAUCUGGUUUAUGGUGGGGGUAGUGUCGGUUUGAUGGGUUUGGUUUCCCAAGCCGUUCAUGAUGGUGGGAGGCAUGUCAUCGGGGUCAUACCUAAGACUCUCAUGCCCCGAGAGAUUACGGGGGAAACUGUAGGAGAAGUGAAGGCUGUUGCAGAUAUGCACCAAAGGAAGGCGGAGAUGGCUAGACAAUCUGAUGCCUUCAUAGCCUUGCCUGGAGGAUAUGGAACUCUUGAAGAGCUGCUUGAAGUGAUAACAUGGGCUCAGUUAGGCAUUCAUGAUAAGCCGGUGGGAUUGCUGAAUGUGGAUGGAUACUACAACUCCUUGCUGUCUUUCAUUGACAAAGCAGUAGAGGAAGGUUUCAUUAACCCAAAUGCCCGUCAUAUCAUUGUAUCUGCUCCAACAGCAAAGGAAUUGGUGAAGAAGUUAGAGGAGUACUUCCCUCGCCACGAAAGAGUCGCUUCCAAGCUAAACUGGGAGAUGGAACGGUUAGGAUAUUCCUCAAAACAUGAGAUUUCUAGGUAGGAAAGACAGAGUAUUCCUGGGAAAAGAGGCACCUGAAAUUGAACCACAUUUUGGCAAGUGAGAGGUUCAAACUGGAAAAGGCAAGAAUUGUCUGCUCAAAGAAAAUGCUUCGAUAUUCCCCUUCUCUCUCUCUCUCUCUCUCUUUCCCUGCAAAAUAGAUAAAGCCUGACUUACUUGUGUCUUUCAUAGCUAGAAUUUAUGGUUUUCCUGUUUUCAAACAGUUUGAAAAGACUAGAUCUUGGAGAAAUGUUUUGCCGAUCUAUUGUUCU